CAGUUGGACGUGGAAUUGCGUGGAACUGCGACUGCUAUCGACUACCCGACUACGACUACCAUGGGCGUUGUGGAUGGAUUCUACGAGGGCUGCGAAAUCUUUGUUACCGGCGGCUCAGGUGUGGUGGGCAAGGCGCUGAUCGAGAAGCUGCUACGCUCCUGCAAUGUGAAGCGCAUCUAUGUGCUGCUCCGCACCAAGAAGCAGCUGAGUGCCGAGCAGCGUUUGGACAAACUGCGACAGGCCAACAUCUUUCAGGUGCUGCGCCUUCAAAAGCCCCAAGAGGUGGACAAACUUGUUGCCAUACCAGGUGAUGUCUCGCUGCCCCAGUUGGGCAUUUCUUCCGAGCAUCGCCAGCUGCUCUCGAAUGUCUCGAUUGUGUUCCACUGUGCGGCCACAGUGCGCUUCGAUGAGCCGCUCCGCAUCGCAUUGCGACUCAACGUGGGCGGCACCUUGGAGGCCCUCAAGUUUGCCGAGCAACUGCAGCAGCUGCGCAUUUUCGUGCACGUCUCAACGUUCUUCAGCAAUCCCUACCUGGAGCGUGUGGAGCCCAGGUACUAUUCAUCGCCCAUGGACUGGCGUCUGUGUUUGCGUCUGUUGGACGAGAUCAAGGAUGACGACGUGCUAGAUGCUCUCACCUCCAAACUGACCGUGGGUUUCCCCAAUACAUACACGUUUACCAAGAACCUCGCCGAGUCUCUAAUCAAUGACUACCACACUCGACUGCCCGUGAUUGUCUAUCGUCCCUCAAUAUUGUUGUUUGCUGUGCGUGAUCCGUUGCCGGGAUAUGCACCCUCAUUGAUGGGCGCCAUGGGUCUUUUCUCGCUGGUGGGCGCCGGAGUGCUGAAGACCGUCUACAUACGCAAGGAUGUGCAUCUGGACAUUACGCCUCAGGACAUGGGAAUCAAGGCUUUGUGCUACUACGCCUAUGCUGGCUGUGAGGCCUAUCGCAAUGGCGCUCCGAAGGAUUUGAUCGUCUAUCAGAGCUCCUCCCGCACACAUAUUCCGCAUACUUUCCUCCACAUGGCUGAGAACAUGGACGUCAUCGAUCUGUGGCACAAGGGCGCCUUCUUGAUGAACCUAUUGGCUCCCGGCUGUCAUUACACGGACAAUCGUUUAGUCUAUAAAUUCCUAGUGUUUACCAAACAAAUUAUACCAGCUUUGCUUGUGGACAUGCUGCUGAAGCUCUUCGGUCGUCCGCCAGCGCUCAUGCCUAUCGCGCGCAAGUCCUAUCAAACGCUGGAGGUGAUGAAACCCUUCAUGUUCAACAACUACGACAGUCCCGGUUGCACUGAUAUCGACACCGUUCUAGACAUAAAUCGAAACACGGAAUUUUGUCUGUACGAUGAAUAUCGUUAUGCGCAUUCGGAGGAACGUCUAAUCACCGCUUGCAAGAACAUGAUACUCAGCAUUCGACACGAUUUACUUGGCGAGAGUCCACAGACACUGCCACGGGCUCAGAUCAUUUUGCGCAUCAAGGAAAACAUCAAUAUUGCCGUGCGCCUCUAUCUGCUCUAUAAGCUCUGUUGCUGGCUCUGGUAUUCCUACCUCGUUUAGCUGCUCGGUCGACUACAGGGUUAUUUAUGCUACCCAAAUCGCUGGGAUAGAUAUUCUUAGAUCUAUCUGAGGCUUUAUCUGAUAUAGUACUUUAUAUGGGAGAUAUCGGCUUCGGUUUAUCGAAGGAAUUGCGCAAAUUUUUUUGUUUUUUUUUUGUUCCUAGUCCCUAAGCUGCCAAACAAUAUUUUGUAUGCAAAU